AUGUCCCAUAUUAAUCAAAAUGGGCAAGAUCAUGAUUCUGAGGGUCUACCUCCAUCUGUUAGACGGUACGACUACAAAGACAAAGAUCAAUUUGCUCAAAUACUUACCAUUGAACGUGAACGUCUGCUCGAUUCAAUGCGCUCUUCUCGUGAGAUUUCCGACAUCGAUACUGGAUCUGGUAGGAGCGAACAAGAGUCAACUACUGAGAUCACGGAGUACAUCAUCUUCUCCAUUGAUCCCACUACUUUCAACCAGGAUUUCCUCAGCUUUGAUACUAUCCCAAAUCUAUCAAUCCGAACCUCCUACAACCCGGAUACCAAAACACUCAUUGUCAAGAUGGUUACUGGCGAGCAUACCGGAGUUGCCUUCGAGGUGCACAAAGCCAUCGAUAGGGCCCUGUUACGAAUGGGACUAGACGGUGCCAUAAACCAGUACUCAGCAGUCGAUAUCGAUGUAAAUGGCCGCAACAAACAAGCAGACAUGGGCUGGGGACCAAGGCGACCUCCUCCCGGCUGUCCAAAGAGGCCCUCGGUUGUGUUGGAAGUUGCUGUAUCGGAGACCAAAAAAAAAAUCCUCCAAGAUGUCGACCUUUGGCUUGACCCAUUGCGAGGGAAUGCCAAUGUGGUGAUUGCAAUCAAACUCAGCCGGCGAGCAAUCAUCACCAUUGACUCAUGGAUAUGGGAUACUGCUAACGGCAAAUCCACUAAUUCCCAACACAUUGAGGUUUCUGAGAACGAGAACGAUGAAGUAAAACUUUCUGGAGGUCCCCUCCUUAUCCCUUUUCGUCUCCUUUUCCUACGAGACCCCGAAACACCACGAGAGACCGACGUGAUCAUUGGCAAUGAAUGGCUAAAGAGUAUUGCUGAGCGGGGCUGGGAAAUGCAAUUUUCGAACAGCCGUUGA